AUGCCCCAAAUCUCAGUCCUGACUCCAGACGCGGCGCCGCGCGCCCAAUCCCCAAUCCCCGGCGCCGCCGUCCCCGAGGCCCGUCCCCCGCCCCUGCGCCGUCCCCCGCUCCGGGCUCCAGACGCGGCGCCGUCCCCGAGCACCGGCGCCCCGUCCCCGAGCCCCGGCGCCGCGCGCCCCAAUCCCGGCGCCGCCGUCCCCGAGGCCAUCCACGCCGCGGCCGCUCUCGCCCUUGUCCUUCGGCCCUGCCCCUGCAGGGGCCGACAGCUCCGCCGCGGCCGCUCUCGACGGCGUCGCCACGCGGCUGCACUCCCGGCGCGGAUCCCCCACAAGCGGGACGAGCGGCCGCCGUCCUCGAAGCCCUGCAGCACUUGCCUCGUCCCUGCAGCGUUCGCCAUCUCCACCGGGCCAUCCAUGCAGGGGUCCCCGAAGCCCCGUCACGGAGGGCACCCUGAACAUUGCCUACCAGGUACCUGUCUUACAAAAGCUAAAAAGCUAUUCUAUUGA